CCUUGUCAAAGAUGGACAGCAGAAUUCCUUAUGAUGACUAUCCAGUGGUUUUCCUGCCUGCCUAUGAGAAUCCUCCAGCAUGGAUUCCUCCUCAUGAGAGAGUAUACCACCCAGACUACAACAACGAGUUGACCCAGUUUUUGCCCCGAAUCGUUACACUGAAGAAACCCCCUGGAGCUCAGCUUGGAUUUAACAUCCGAGGGGGAAAAGCCUCCCAGCUUGGUAUCUUCAUCUCCAAGGUGAUUCCUGACUCUGAUGCACAUCGAGCAGGACUUCAGGAAGGGGACCAAGUUCUAGCUGUAAAUGAUGUGGAUUUCCAAGAUAUUGAGCACAGUAAGGCUGUUGAUAUCCUUAAGACAGCCCGUGAUAUCAGCAUGCGUGUUCGCUUCUUCCCAUACAAUUAUCAUCGUCAAAAAGAGAGGACUGUACACUAGAGGGUUGAGACUAAUAGUCCUCCACAUGGAAUCUUUUGAAACAAGCUCGCUAGACCUUUGGGAAAACUACUCUCAUCUCCACCCUGGCAUAUUGGAAUAGGGAAUAUGGGGGCAGACAUUAAAGCCCUCAACUGAACUAGCUAACAAUUACCUUACCCAAACUGUACUGCAUUUUUUGUUCACUAGUUUCCUGGAAGAAGGAUGAGUAUAUCUAGGUAUAGCUUAGUCUGUGGACAACUCUGCCCCAAAAAGGCAACUCACAUUUGGUAAACAUUGUGCUGGGCAAUUUCACAUAUUGUCAACAUUUUUACUAGAGUAUAGAGGCUAACAGGAAGAAAAAGGUCUCAGAUACUGUCCAUCUAUUUGGCCCAACCAUCUUAUUCCAUCCUUAUACUACCAAUCUUACACAGUUGGGAGACUGCAGCAAGAUCUUGUCCCCACCUCAACCUGUUCCUCCUCCUAUGCUGUCCGUAAAAAGUAGAACACAAUGCUAAGGAAUUAUUGGUGUGACUUUUGGAUACUUAUUGUAUGGAGAAUAGUAUUGAUACAAAAAUAAAAAGUUUUCUUGUUACAGUUCUA